CAGAGUUUAGAGACAUACAUAGGCUGAGAGUCAGAAUAAAUUGCAUUGAAUGAAAAGGGAACAGAAAAGGGUUCUGAAAACAGAUAUAAAAGCAGGAAGGAAGGAAGAAACAGAACGAGAGAAAAGAGUUUCAGUGGACACCGACACCAGAGUGGUUGCAAGGAUGUGGAACACCACGGAUCACCUGCAAAACAAUUCCUUUUCUUGUGCUUCCCCAUCGGUGGAGGGCUACCGCUAUUUUGGUGUCCUCUUGGGAUCAGCUGUCACCAUAGUAGGAACAUUAGGGAAUAUUCUGACAGUGCUCGCCUUUGCAACUGAUACCAACCUGAGGACGCGUUUCAAUGUUCUGAUUGUAAACCUGGCCGUCGCUGACCUCCUCUACUGCACUAUGCUUCAGCCAGUCAGCGUUGACUCCUACCUACACCUGCGCUGGAGGGGCACAGCCACCUGGUGCCAGAUGUUUGGACUUCUCCUGUUCCUAUCUAACAGUGUUUCCAUUAUUACGUUAUGUCUCAUCGCUAUGAGUCGUUACCUGGUUGUUGCUCAUCGCACAUCACGCUUUGCUCGUCUGCUGCUCUCUCAACGUGGUAUUGCUUUGCUCCUCAUUUCAUCCUGGACACUGGGUCUGGCUAGUUUUGGUCCCCUUUGGUCCGUCUAUGUAUUUGCACCACAGGUGUGCACCUGUAGUUUCCAUCGCACAAAGGGGCGACCUUACACCACUGUGUUGCUUUUCAUUUACUUCUUUCUCGGCCUGGGUUUCGUGGGACUGUUCUACUUUCUGAUCUAUCGUAAGGUCCGUAUCGCUUCUAAAGCAUUUCUGAAGUACAGGCCCAGUCUUCGCUCAUCCAAACGCAAGCAGGCUGAACCUGAGGGGACUGAUGACAGUGGAAUCAGUGCUGGAGCUUCAACUCAAAGCUGUGAGAUCAGCAACAACAGUGCCGUUGGACCAGAGCACCACAAUAACAAAGCCCUUGAGAACUCUGGAGAUCCUGAGGGUCACACAAUUAAACAAGAGUCUAAGACAACUUCAAGUACCAUUCAGAACAAUGCAAAGCCUUCAAUGCUCAAAAUCCAGACCACAACUCCAGCAGCCACUACCGGAGAGGACAGCGAAUUUAAACGUGUGACGCGAAUGUGUUUUACGGUGUUCUUGUGUUUUGUCGGCUGCUUUGCACCAUUUAUUUUAUUGAAUGUAGCUGAUAAGGCAAACCGUGCUCCACAGGUCAUUCAUAUGAUUUGUGCAAACCUUACUUGGUUAAAUAGUUGCAUUAACCCUUUGUUGUACGCAGCCAUGAAUCGACAGUUUAACCAGGCCUACAAAGACCUGCUACAUAAAGGUAUACAGCCACUCACAUGGAUAUGGAGAUCUCAACGAUUCAGGAUAAAAUGAAGAUUUGUACACCACAAGUCAUUUCAAACUGAACUAGAACUGUAAUUCACCCCAAGCUAUUGCCUUUUAAACAGUAUUGGGUUCAAUCCUUGUAGUAACUGUAAUCUAAUUACACAUUUACAUUUUUAAUUCAGAUGUAAUCAGAUAAGUUACUUUCAGUUAAUUUAAUUCCAAGGACAUAGCUAGGGUUACAUAUUUCUUUCUUUUCUUUCUCCCAAAUUUGGAAUGCCCAAUUCCCAAUUGUCCUUGGUGGUGGCGUAGUGACUCGCUUCGAUCGGGGUGGUGGAGGACCAAUCUUAUUUAACUCCGCAUCUGAGAUUGUCAAUCCGUGCAUUUUAUCACCAGAGACAUAGCGCAUGUGGAGGCUUCACACUAUUCUCUGCAGCAUCCACGCACAACUCACCACACGCCCCACCAAGAGCGAGAACCACAUUAUAGCGAACACAAGGAGGUUACCCCAUUUAACUCUACACUCCCUAGCAACCGGGCCAAUUUGGUUGCUUGGGAGACCUGGCUGGAGAGGGUUACACAUUUCUAAAAGAAUAUUAUUUUUGUUUAAUAUAUAAAAACAUGAAUAAUAUUCAUAUGUAUGUCCAUUACGAGUCAUUUUAGAGAAGAAACUUGUGGUGCAGAGUAUGUCUAAUUUUCCAAUGAAGUUGUCCAUAAUCGAAUUACAAUUUUAAAUAGUUAUAUGUAACAGAUUAAAUUUUGAGUAACUUACCCAAUGAUGCUUUUAGUUAUCUUAAAUGAAAAUUUUAAUAAUCUUAAUAAUACACAAUAAAUCUGAAUAGAAAAAACAAUCAAUGACAGGAUGCACUCCAGCUGGUAUGGAGUCUACAAGUUUGUGCAAAAGAUAACUACCCAUGUUAUUCCAACAUGACAUGAGAAAUGUUCCAAUGACCAUCUUGUGUACUUCAAUGGAAGCAAGGAAAUUUGACCUUUUGUACAAAGAAUGUCAUAAAUUAGAUAAUAUCAUUAGUGACCUAGUGAAAUAGCAGAACUGUAAAAAUGUGUCACUCAUUUUACAUGUUUUUUUUUCUUCUUUGUUGACAAUUUCUCAAAAUCCUGAAAUGUUAUUUUCAGGUUUAUGUUAGAUUUAAAUCCCAGAUGUUCAAUGUGCUCUGAUAUUUGUAUGUUUUGUAUUGUCUAUGUUAUUUCCUAUUUUCUAUUAAGGCUACUUUGCACAUUAGAAUAGGUUUUCUGGAGUACUUCUAAAGUUUAAAAAGAAGGCUUCUGUAAUUAAACAUAUAAUUCUUUGUAAGAUAUUCUUUUUUAAGCUGUGGGAUUUUCCAGUUCUGUCAAAGAUCUGAAAGAAAAUGUGUCCUGUCACUUUUCACUGCACACGCACACACUCACACAAACUUCCCCUUUUCUGAAGAGGAAAUAUUGUGUGCUGUAACAUGAUUCAUAAGAUAAAGGACAUUUGUAACCUCAUUUACAAAUGAACAUGGAAGUUUAAAGUGAGGCAACUAGUGAAAACAAACAGAAAUGUCACAGAUUCAUGUAUUACCUCACAUUUGAAACCACAAGAGCCAAGAUUUUAAGUACUCUCUUCAAUUUACUUUUCUGUUUUUGUUUGAAACAUCUGUCAGUUGUUUAUGCUCUGCCAUCUACAAAUUAAAUAAGAAACCAUAGCUGCAUUUUGUCUUGAGGAAUAUUUGCACAAUCUUAUUAAAAUAAUGUCAAAUAUAUAUAUAUAAAAAACUUGACUUAAUAUAUGCAUAUUGAUAUCAGUGUUUUGCCUGAUAUAUAUAUAUAAAAAAAAUAAGUUUUAUUUUUUAUGUGUAAACUGCUUCAUUUUAA